AUGUAUGCAGGGCACGGAGACCUAUAUGGCAUGGCGACCAACGGCUCUGGUCAUCUGGCGAGUCCUCAGAUAAAGACUACUGUAUACUCCCUCAGAUGGACAACACAACUCCCUUUUCUCCUCUUGAGAUGGACAACUCAACUCCCUUUCCUCCUCUUGAGAUGGACAACUCAACUCCCUUUUCUCCUCUUGAGAUGGACAACUCAAUUCCCUUUUCUCCUCUUGGUCUCGCUCCAGUGCGCAUCACUGGCAGCAGACACAGGAGUGGCGGUGACUAGAGGGCAGAGCGUGGCCCUGGGGUGCCCGCUGGAGACCAGCCUGACGGUGGGCAUGAUCUCCUGGUACAAGCAGAGCGCCGGGGAGGGCCCCAACAUGGUGCUGAGCUACUCCCUGAACGGGUCCUCACGCGUCUGCUACGGCGAGGGGUUCCGCCUGGGUCGGUUCUCGGUCCAGUCGGGGACGAACGACUCGGCGGCACACCAGCUGCUGAUCAGCACCACGGAGGAGAUGGACUCGGCCACCUACUACUGCGGCAUCUCCAAUGGAGACCACGAAAGGCCCCCCAAACUGCUAACCCCUAACCAAUGCUAACCCCCAACUAACCACUG